ACAGGUCUACUCUAUCUUGGUGAGAUGUCAAAUGGGGAGGGAGAAUUCUCAUCUGAUAGGGAAUCCACCUCACAACCCGAAUUGGUCCAUCAGGAUGUCUCAGCAGCUCUAGAAGGCAUCUGGAAGUGGAGGUCAUGCUCAUGUUUCAGUGCAAACUCUCACAGGUAACUAACUCUUUUGCAGGACUGAGUCUGGACCUCAGGAACACAGUAUUGGCAGGGGCCCUCUCUAAACUUACACUCUGGGCAGUGUCAAGAAAUGUGGUAGCCAUUGGCAACCAGGUGACAUUCUUCUGUGAAGGUCCCUUAGAGGCCAAGGAAUGUGUUCUCUACAAAGAAGGAAGUCCAGAGUACCCCAUACCACCAACCCUUCUAGAAACUGAAAACAAAGCCACAUUCUCCAUCUCAUCGGUUGAAUGGUACCAUGCAGGCCACUAUUGGUGCAUCUAUACUAGCACCAAUGACAUUUCAGAAAUGAGUGACUUCCUGGAGCUGGUGGUGACAGGAGUUUUCUCCAACAGAGUCACCCUUUCAUCCCUGUCCAGUCCUGUGGUGACUUCAGGAGGGCAUGUGACCCUUCAGUGUGUGUCAGAACAGGCAUAUAACAUGUUUAUUCUAAUGAAGGAAGACGAGAAGUUCUCCAGGCCUUUGCCCUCACAGAAUAUACACCCCGAGCUAUUUGGAGCCCUGUUCACUCUGGGUCCUUUGACCCCCAACCAGAGGUGGAGGUUCACAUGCUAUGGGUAUUACUUGAGCAGCUCCCAGCUGUGGUCAUUUCCCAGUAACCACCUAGAACUCCUGGUCUCAGGUGUCCACCAUGGUAAACCCACUCUGUCAGCUUUUCCCAGCCCUGUGGUGACCUCAGGUGGAAAUGUGACCCUUCAGUGUGUCUCAUCCAAAGGAUACAAUGGGUUCAUUUUGACUGGGGAAGAUCUGAAGUUCUCCAGGUCCCAAAUGGCACAGUUAUUACACACUGGACAGUCCCAGGCUCUGUUUCCUGUGAUCUCCAUGGCAGCCAGCAAUAGUGGUCCUUUCAGAUGUUAUGGAUACUACACCAAUACUUCACAUGUGUGGUCAGAGGCCAGUGACUCUUUGGAGGUACAUUUCUCAGCCUCACAGCCCCAGGAUCACACAGUGGAGAACCUCAUACGGAUGGGCAUAGCUGGCUUGAUCUUCCUAGUUCUUGGGAUUUUGCUCUUUGAGGCUUGCCACAGCCAGAGGAGGUCCUUGAAUGCAUCCUAGAAGUAAAGAAGAGAGACAGCCAUUGUCUUUGCCUAAUGACCAAGUUUGGGAAAUAAAUUUGAGGACCUCUUGUAUUAUUUACCAAAAGAUUCCAUGUUUAAUAUUGGGCAUCACUUGGGAGAAAUAAUCCAGGAAAUACAUUUAUUUGGGGUGCAGAAAAAGACCUGAAUAUUGGGGCAGCUGGCUCUUCUCCCACCACA